AUGUCGGACUCCUCAUCCUCGGAUUCGAGCUCCUCCUCAGAGGACAAGAAAAAGAAGAAGAAAGACAAGAAGAAAGACAAGAAGAAAAAGGACAAGAAGAAGGACAAAAAGAAAAAGAAGGAGAAGGAUAAAAAGAAAAAGAAGGAGAAAAAGGAGAAAAAGGACCCUUACUCAAAGACUGCUCAAGAGAAGGCCCGAUUAGAAGCUCAGCAGCGGCUGAUGGGCAUUGACACGAACAAGAAGCCAAAAAAGAAGAAAAAGAAGAAAUCAUCCUCCUCGGUGACCAGUCGUUCUGAGUUUGAAAAGGUGAGGAGGAUGCAGGAUCGCUUGGAUGACCAGACAAUGAAGCGCGAGGAGGAGCUGGCUGAGGAGGCAGAAAAGGCUGCUGCACCGAUUCCGGAGAGGUCCUGGGAGGACAUGACUUGGGCGGAGCGCGCAGCCUCUGCUGCACAGAAGGCAGAGGCAGAUACGAUUUGGCGAGGCCACAGCAGGGGCUACUAA